AUGGUUCAUUUGAAGUCGAUUGCAACUCUAAAACCCUACCGAAAAUCUGUCUAUUUUUUUUUCCUUCUUUCAUCGGUUGCUGGCUUGCUGCUGCUUCGCCUCCCUUUUAUCGUUCCUUGCUUCCAUCUUCUUCUACCAAAAAUUAAGCAGAUUAAGGCGAAGAAGAAUCCAGCUUCUCUAGUUGCUGCUGGUUUAAUCACUGGCAACCUUUAUGUAUAUCGGUAUGCUGAAGAUUCUGAACCUCAAAGGGUGUUGAAAGUUCGUGCACACAGUGAAUCUUGUAGAGCUGUUAGAUUUAUCAAUGAAGGACGUGUGAUCCUCACAGGUUCUCCAGAUUGUUCUAUUCUUGCAACUGAUAUUGAAACAGGAUCUCCAGUUGCUCGUCUUGAAAAUUCUCAUGAGAAAGCUGUGAACAGGCUAGUUAAUCUCACAGAAACAACAAUUGCUUCUGGAGGUGAUGAAGGGCAUAUAAAGGUAUGGGAUACAAGACAGCAGACAUGCUGCAAUUCAUUUAAAGUUCAUGAAGAGUAUAUUACUGAUAUGACCUUUGAGCCUGAUUCCAUGAAACUAUUGGGAACAAGUGGAGAUGGCACUCUAUCUGUUUGUAACCUACGAAGUAGCAAGGUUCAAACCCAAUCAGAGUUUUCUGAAGAUGAGCCAUUAUCAAUAGUGAUAAUGAAGAAUGGUAGAAAAGUUAUAUGUGGGACUGAAAGUGGGACCAUGUUAUUAUACUCAUGGGGCUUUUUCAAGGAUUGCAGUGAUCGCUUUACUGGUCUUUCUCCAAAUCCAGUGAACGCCUUGUUGAAGCUUGAUGAAGAAAGGGUUAUCACUGGAACCGAAAAUGGUCUCAUCAACCAAAUUGCAGAACAUUCAGAGUAUCCCGUUGAGCGUCUCGCAUUUUCUCAUGACAGAAAGUAUCUUGGAAGCAUAUCACAUGAUUCCAUAUUAAAGAUGUGGGAUAUUGAUAGUCUACUGCAGGAUACUGGAAAGAAAGCAGAGGGUAAAUCAGCUGCUGCUGACAGUGAUAAUGAUGAUGAUGACAUGGAUAUGGAUAUGGAUAAGGAUGAUAUUCUUCCAAAAUCAUCUAAAGGCACAAAGAGGAAAAACAACGGAGCUGGCCUCGAUACCACAAGCGAUUUCUUUGCAGAUUUAUAGUUUAAGUUCAUGAAAACAUGCAAAAAAGCAUUUUAUGUGACUUUCAUCUUUUUUUUUUAUUACCGAUAUUCCAAAUAUUGUCAAUGUGUUUCUUUAGUAAUUAUUUAUUUAUGGUUUCUCUUAAAUUUUGUUUUACAUGAUUAUUCGAGGGAUUUAAUUUUU